AUCCAUGAAUUAUGUUUUCCUUUUUUUUGCUUCCUUUUUUUCCUUUUUUUUCUUUUCUUCUUCUAUCCUCCCCAGUAACCCUAGUCGUCUCUCUUCUUCGAUCUCCUUUCUUUCCUCGCCGAGCCGCCGCCACCUUCCUCAACAGCUCUCUCGUAGUUGGCUCCAAUGUUUGUUAACAAAUCUGCCGUGUACCAAUGUUUGUUGUUCAUAAGCCCAUAACCCACGGACCAGUUCGACCUCUCUUAAACCCUAGCCGAUAGACUCCAACGAAAGAGGAAGGGUAAGAAAAGCAUCUUUUGAUCGCGGUUCUUCCUGUUCUUCGUUUUUUUCUGGGCUCCAUUCCUCAGGAAGACGGCGGGUCCGAAGCUAAGCAAGGGGCCUUAGAAGUCUCAACCGAAAAAGAAGCAAAAGAAAGAUGCAUCUCAAUUUUGCGAGGAAGAUCUUGAAGGUGAACUCCGAAGAUCUGAAGGAGAAGAGCAGGGAGUUGAAUCCGAUUCCGAUAUAUCUUCUGAUUUUCUUGGAGGGGGUGAUGAUGAAGGUUCUGAUAAUGUUGCAGAGGAGGAUUCAGAUGCUGGUUCUGAUUUUGGCGUUUCUGAUAUUGAGAAGGAUGCAAGGAAUAUUGACAGAGAAAGGGAACGAGUAGAGGAUGAAGCAGAACAAGAAUUGCAGCUUAAUAUUAGUAGAGUAAAGCCAGAGGAGUUCAGACUUCCUACCACUGAGCUACCCAAAGUUAUAGGUCAAAACUCAGUUAAGAGGGUGUUAUUGGAUGCUCCUUGCAGUGGCACCGGGGUAUGGUUUAGAGUUAAUGUAAAUAGGAAUGUUUUUUCUUAAAUUUCCUUUCUUUUUGUUUAGACACUUGUUAUCUGUACUUUGCAAUGCAAGUCAUAUCUAAAGAUGAGCCAGUGAAGGUUUCUAAAACUGCCGAGGACAUACAGAAGACUGCUCAUUUGCAGAAGGUGUGCAGGAAUUGAUCCGUGCUGCAAUUGAUAUGGUGGAUGCUAAUUCAAAAAUAGGGGAAUAUGUUGUCUACUCAACCUGCUCCAUUCUGAUUGAUGAGAACGAAGCAGUUAUAGACUAUGCACUUAAGAAGAGAAAUGUGAAACAUGUCCCAUGUGGUCUUGAUUUUGGCCAACCAAGGCGUAUUUCCAUAGCUGAUGUCAUCUUGCUCUGUGUUACAGGUUUGUUAACUUUAGGCAGCACUGAUUUCAUCCAUCUUUAGACAAGAAACAGUUCUAUCCUCAUGUCCACAACAUGGAUGUGUUUUUUUUGCAAAGGGGGUAGGUUUAUUGUGUGAUGAAGAUUUAUGAUUACUUUUGCAGAUAUUAUGCCAAAAAGUACACCUUUUAUCAAGUGAACAUAUGUCAUACACAAAAGUUAAUAAGGAGUAGUACUUUAUCUCAUAUUUUUUCCCCAAGGUUUGCCCCAUGAGAAUAAAAUAUUAUACGAACAAAAAAAUGGUGUUUAAGUGCAAAUAAAAGAAGGGUGUGAGGAGAGACUAACACACUAAGUAGCCCUUCUUUCUUUCCUUUUUCCAGUUUUUAACUGCUUUUUCAACGAAUUCUCCCAUUUGAACAUUUUUACUCUUACCUUUGUUAUUGAAUGUUUUGGCUUCUGUUUUCAAGUUUUUCUCAUGAACAGUACUUAACAAUGCCAGUGUAUGCCUUAUGGAAUUUAGGCUUUUGAUUCUGCAUGAUUCUAACAAUUUAGAAUGUUUAGGGUCAUCAAUUGGAAUUUAUUGUUGAUUUGCGUGGUGCAAAAUCUAUAUCUUUGACAGUUUUUUCUAGUUGUUUAUUAGAUUUCCCAUAUAGGUAAAACUUUUUACACUUGUCCUGAAAUUGACACUAGACUGGAGAUACCAACUCAGAAAUUUCAUCAAUCUUCACCUUGUUGGUUUUAGUCUUUUCUUUUCUAUACCAUGUAAAUGGAACUGCCUUAGUUGCAUUUGAUUCAUCAAAUUUCUUCUCUUUAUCAAAUUGUAUUACAAGGCAUAUUUGAUGUUUAAUAAGAUAGAACCUAGCUGCCUUUGCAAUGUGUACAAAAAAAAUUCGCAGCUUUCCUUUCUUAUUUCUUAUUCAUUUGAGUUAAAUCCGUUCAACGCUUUGAAAAGUGGUUUUGUACCUAAAUGUGAGACACACAACUACUUUUCGAAUCGUUGUUAAUUUGAGUUAAUUUCAUUCAAUGCUUCGAAAAAUGAUUAUACUGCUCACAUUUAGGUGCAAAACCACUUUUGAAGCGUUGAAUGGAAUUAAUUUAAAUGAACAAGAAAUAACAAAGGAAAGAUGUGAAUUUUUUUUGUACACAUUGCAGAGGCAACUAGGUUCUAUCCUAUUAAACAUCAAAUUUGCCUUGUAAUACAAUUUGAUAAAGAGAAGAAAUUUGGAGCCAAAUGCAGUUGAGGCAGUUCUAUUUACAUGGUAUAGAAAAAAACACUCAAACCAACAAGGUGAAGAUUGAUGAAAUUUCUGACUUGGUAUCUCCAAUGUCUAGCAUCAGUUUCAGGACAAGUGUAAAAAGCUUUACCUAUAUGGGAAGUCUAAUAAACAACUGAAAAGAACUUUCAAAGUUAUGGAUUUUACACAACGCAAGUAAACUAGGAAUUUCAAUUGAUGAGUAAUGAUGACCCUAAACAUUCUGAAUUGCUAGAGUCAUGCAAAAUCGGAAGCCUUGCUUUGGUCGGAA